GUGGUUAUACAAUCAUUGCACUGACUCAAGGCUGCCAGAAUUAAACCAAACCAUGUUCUGCCUUUCAGGACUGCUACACAACAAGCUGUGAGACUGACAAAAACAGAACAAAAAAAAUGUGAAGGAGGGGGAAAAAAACAGGCUUCAAUCUCUUUGCUCAUCAAUCAUGUGUGAAAAGGAGCCGCGGUGACAAAAUGGCUUCUCACAAGUCAAAGACUGGCACCAAGAUUAAUGUUACAAAGGCAGAAUCCAGUCCGGUGGAUGAAUAUGUCACACCUGGGGGCUACGAGCUGGAGAAAAUCCUCAACCGUGGGAUUGUAGUUUAUACUCAUGUCAAUGAGGUCUGGCCUCAUGUUUACAUCGGGGACGAGGAGACGGCAAAGGACAAGUACACUCUGAAAAGGUUUGGGAUCACGCACAUCCUGAACGCCGCAGAGGGGACGUGGAACAACGUGGACACCGGCGCCGGCUACUACAGCGACAUGGACGUCGUCUACUACGGCGUGGUGGCAGAGGACGUGGCGACGUUUGACCUGAGCCAGUAUUUCUUCUCUGCGGCCCACUUUAUUGAAGAAACACUGAAAAACCCUCAGAAUAAACUGCUGGUGCACUGUGUGAUGGGAAGGAGUCGCUCCGCCACACUUUUCCUCGCCUACCUAAUGAUCUGUGAGAACAUGACGGUGGUGGACGCCAUCGAGCACGUGAAAAACCACAGGCGGAUCAUCCCAAACUGGGGCUUCCUGAAACAGCUGAGAGAGCUGGACAUGCGACUCCAGGAGGAGAGAGACGCCACAGAGCGGAGAUGACCUCAGGUCCAGCCUCAGAUCAGAAGUUUUGAGUUAAAUCACUAAUUCAUUCAUGAGAAGUCUGACGAAGGGACACCAAAAGCAACUGAGUUUUGGGGGUGGAACUCUGAGUGGAGGGUCAACAUCAAAGUGCAGCCUGCUAGUGCUAAAUUCCCUUAGUUUUAACCCUCAAGUCAUUCAUGACAAUCCUAAUUGGAAUCUCAGACUAAACAUUUCCUAGCUAAAUGUUGGAUAUUAACGCAUAUUUUUGGGAUUUUAAAGUCAGUUGAACUGAUCUACAGUUCGCUUUGAUUCUUGUGUCA